AGUAUCUAUGUUUUCGACUUUCGUGAUUUAUUUCAAUAAUAUCAUUUUUUGUAUGAUAUACCAUUAAAAAAUGCUUUCAUUCUGUGUAAAAACCACGUGCAAAGAAUGCCUGAAGCGCUAACAACCAUUUCCAAGUCCUGUAAGCUAUACCGAUAUUAGUAGAUCAGAAGCGUUUGAAAGACUUUGUUGCCAAUUCUCGCCGGAUUACAUGAAAUUUAGUGAUGCCUUUACCUUUAAUGUUAGUAAACAUGGACACAGUGAAACUGGAGGAACAGCAGGAGUUGUUAGCAUGUCGGAUUUGUCUGGCUUGGGACGUGAAAUUGUAUCACAUUCGCGAGUCUGGCUUAGAUCAAAUGUUCUCAGAUGUUAUGGGAACUUCGCUGUCAGCGUGGGAUGGGCUGCCACAGCACCUGUGCGCGUGGUGCCGCGCGCAGGUCGCGCGUGCGCAGACGCUGCGCGCGCGCAGCCGCCGCGCUGACUCGCUGCUCAAGCAGGCACUCCAGCACCAGCAUAUUAUAACAAACGAUUUUAUCCGAACAAUCAACCGCUCAACUCACAAACUCACGCACACACUCUCAACCCAAAUGCUUAAUGAAGACGCCACAUAUUAUUAUAACUACGACACGCCGCCCGAUUUAUACAAUACAUGUUUCAUAAAUCACAAUGGACAAAUUAAUGCCGUUGUCGGAAACGAUGACAUAAAUAAUGAUGUCAAAAACGAUAAUAUACAAAAUAAUUCCAGUUCAGAGCUAGAUGUAGACAAACUAGAACUUGAGGAUGACAUCAAUGUUAAAUUAAAAGAUAAUAUCAGUAACAUAGAUGCAAAUAUAAAUUUACCUGAAGAAAUAGUUGAACGUUUAGACCCACAGUUUCGAAAGGUAAAAUCGAAGAAAAAAAGACUGUCAAGAAAAAGACAUGACAGGAACAGUAAAGCUACAAACAAAAUAGAAGGAAUAGAAAUAGUUGAAACUUGUUCAGAUAAAGAAAUAGAGAAGAAUAGAAAAAGACCUACUAGACGAAAAAAUAAAGAGCAAGAGACAGACAAAGUAGGAAAAAGAAAAGAGCGCUCAAAGCAAAAGUUUUGUUCUGAAGAAGAUUUCAAAGAAUUUGAGAAGAAAUACGAUUUCCAAGUGCAGUGUCUGACUGAAGAGGAAAUGGAGAAGGAGAUGGAGAAGAGAAGGGAAUCUGACAAGUAUCUUAAGGGAGAGUACAAGUGUGAGUUGUGUUAUAAAGGGUUCCUGACGUCUGUUACGUACGAGAACCACAUGAAGACUCAUGAUCCGGCGCGCGGCGAGCACGCGUGCCGGCUGUGUCACGUGCGUUACCAGUUCCCAGUGAAGCUGCGCCAGCAUGUCCAGAAUACCCACCGGCUCAAGUUCCGAUGUGCGCGAUGCAACGAACUAGUGCGCGGCAAGGCUUGCGCCGUGCUACACGCGGCGUACCACGCGGGCACCACGUUCCAGUGCGCGCAUUGCGACAAACAGUUCCUUAAGAAGACGUCGCGCACUUCGCACAUGCGCAUGGCGCAUCCUGUCGAGAACGCGGCCGGCGGCACCUGCGAGGUGUGUGGAGAGACCUUUACCAGCCGCACGGGACUCAAGGCACACAAGACUCGCAGCCACAAGAAGGUUAAUUUGCCGGAACUAAGAUGCCGGAAGUGCAGGACACAGUUCGACAACAUGGACGCUCUGAAGAGGCAUAAGGAAACGUACGCGAACAACAAGUGUGAUUCCAGCCUGAGCGCGUGCUCGCAGUGCGGGGAGAGCUGCGCGAGCGCCGACGCUCUGAUCCUGCACGCGCACGAGCACGGCGUGCAACUAUACACCUGCGACACUUGCGGGGAGAGCUGCGCGAGCGCCGACGCUCUGAUCCUGCACGCGCGCGAGCACGGCGUGCAACUAUACACCUGCGACACUCGCUCGCAGUGCGGGGAGAGCUGCGCGAGCGCCGACGCUCUGAUCCUGCACGCGCACGAGCACGGCGUGCAACUAUACACCUGCGACACUUGCGGGGAGAGCUGCGCGAGCGCCGACGCUCUGAUCCUGCACGCGCGCGAGCACGGCGUGCAACUAUACACCUGCGACACUCGCUCGCAGUGCGGGGAGAGCUGCGCGAGCGCCGACGCUCUGAUCCUGCACGCGCGCGAGCACGGCGUGCAACUAUACACCUGCGACACUCGCUCGCAGUGCGGGGAGAGCUGCGCGAGCGCCGACGCUCUGAUCCUGCACGCGCACGAGCACGGCGUGCAACUAUACACCUGCGACACUCGCUCGCAGUGCGGGGAGAGCUGCGCGAGCGCCGACGCUCUGAUCCUGCACGCGCACGAGCACGGCGUGCAACUAUACACCUGCGACACUUGCACGAAAUCCUUCACAUCAAAGCCAUCGCUCGCGACGCACAUCGACCGUGUGCACCGGCUGCUGCGGCCUCCGAAGGCCGACUACAGCGACGGAGGCCGCCGCUCGCAGCCCGACUGGCUUCACUGGGCCUCCGUGUGCGAGCACUGCGGGAAGCGACUCUCCUGCCUGGCAACGCUGAAGAUUCACAUGAACAAGCACACAGGCGAGAGGCCGUACAAGUGCUCGCUGUGCCCCAAGGCCUACAUGACGCCCUACGGACUUAACAACCACCAGGCGUUCCACACGGGGGUGAGGAAGUGGCAGUGCCCCGAGUGUCCCGCCACAUUCAUGCACCAGUCCUCCGUCUACCAGCACAGGAAGAUACACACAGGCGAGCGCUCCCACCAGUGCACGAUCUGCGAGAAAUACUUCACGCAGUCCGGUUCACUCUACACGCACGUCAAAUACGUGCACAAAAAGGAAACGCCGCCGCCGCGCAAGCGCAAUAAGAAACCUGUACUGUAGGGCCCUUUAUGUUUUUUUUUUAUUUAAAGGGAACUGUAACAGUGAUCUGAGCAAUUCUCAAAAAGUUUGUACAUUUCGAUCUUAGAUUUCUAUAAAAAUCGGUAUGCUGGUAAGGGCAUUUUCAUUAAACUUGUACAAGUUAAACGCGACUUAAGUCGUGUUUCAGUAACGUUUAACCGUUAUUACUGACAAAAUGUAUGGGAUUUGACAUUGACCGUCAGUUUUGUAACGAUUGCUAACCGGCCGUUAAAGGUGUUCAAUUAAGUGAAAAUGCCCGUAAAGUACAUGAAGCUGAACAACUUCCACCAUAUUUCCCAAAAUGUCCCAGAGAGUUUCUAAGAAACAUCCCUUUUUUGUAACCAGAUUUCCUUACACAUUUGGUAACAAAAAAGGAGUUUUUCCUGUUACUAAAAACGAUGACAGAAGAGAUCGUCGUAUUUUCCCAUUCUGAUCGAUAUAAAUGGGCCACCAUGUAUAUUGGCUAUAAGGAUAAUAUUGUAAUAUCUAGAUUAUGAUAAAGUAAAACUUUUACUAGAGCUACAGUCAAGGAAUUUAAAUUCCGACCCAUUUCGUACUUUGUCACAGUGACAACCGUAUGAGGUCUCUAGCGGCUUUCAUAUUGAUUGCAACUGUGACAAAGUACGAAAUGGGUCGGAAUUUAAAUUCCUUGACUGUACUUUGCUUGUUGUAAUUAACUCGUCGUAUCACAACCAAAAUCAUUUCAAAGUUUCUAUUCUAUUAAAGUCCUUAUGCUUCAUGUCCAUUAGGACCAUUUUAUCUGAAAUUAAAGAAAAUGUGGCAUCUGAAAGGACCCCUCUCCGGUGGAAAGCCUCAUAUUGUCAGUAGGUGUAGCAAAAUGUAUCUAAUUUCCUGUACUUAAAUAGUUCGUUUUUUUUAGCAUUAGAAAGAACUCCACAGAAGUAAGCGUACAGUUUCUAUCAGCCUCUUUAAUUCUUAAUAAUUAUUGAAUUAUCUAAUGUAGCACGGUCAAUACAUAUAAUUUACUUCAAUUUAUUACCGUUAAAAGUGCCACAAGUGGAACCACAAGCUUACUUCUGCGAAGUUCUUUCUAAUGCUAAAAAAAACGAACUAUACGUUCUACUGGAAUCCAUUCUAGUCAUAUGUACUUA